AUGGAAACCUUCCUCUUCACCUCUGAAUCUGUCAAUGAGGGUCACCCUGACAAGCUCUGUGACCAAGUCUCGGAUGCCGUUCUCGACGCUUGCUUGGAACAAGACCCCGAGAGCAAAGUUGCCUGCGAGACGUGUACGAAAACCAACAUGGUCAUGGUCUUUGGUGAGAUCACAACACAGGCUAAGGUAGAUUAUGAGAAAAUAGUUCGAGACACUUGCAGGGGAAUUGGGUUUACAUCAGCUGAUGUAGGCCUUGAUGCUGACAACUGCAAGGUCCUUGUCAACAUUGAGAAGCAAAGCCCUGAAAUUGCAGAGGGAGUUCAUGGCCACCUCACCAAGAAGCCUGAGGAAAUUGGAGCUGGUGACCAAGGCCACAUGUUUGGUUACGCCACAGAUGAAACACCUGAGCUCAUGCCAUUAACUCAUGUCCUUGCCACCAAGAUUGGUGCCAGGCUUACUGAGGUCAGAAAGAACAAAACAGUCCCAUGGCUCAGGCCUGAUGGUAAGACCCAAGUGACUGUUGAGUACCGGAAUGAGAACGGGGCCAUGGUCCCGAUUCGGGUGCACACCAUCCUCAUCUCAACCCAACACGAUGAGACCGUCAAAAAUGAGCAGAUCGCUAGUGAUUUGAAGGAACAUGUGAUCAAACCUGUCGUCCCAGCCCAAUUCAUUGAUGACAAAACUAUUUAUCACCUCAAUCCUUCGGGUAGAUUUGUCAUUGGAGGACCCCAUGGAGAUGCUGGGCUUACGGGCAGGAAGAUUAUCAUUGACACCUAUGGUGGUUGGGGUGCUCAUGGUGGUGGUGCUUUCUCAGGGAAAGAUCCAACCAAGGUGGACCGGAGUGGUGCAUACAUUGUAAGGCAGGCAGCAAAGAGUGUUGUCGCAUCAGGGCUUGCUCGGCGCUGUAUUGUGCAGGUUUCUUAUGCGAUCGGCGUCCCAGAACCCCUAUCAGUUUUUGUGGAUACCUACAAAACCGGAAAAAUUCCAGACAAGGAGAUAUUGGUUCUCAUCAAGGAGAAUUUUGACUUUAGGCCUGGAAUGAUUGCCAACAACCUUGAUUUGAAAAGAGGAGGCAACUUCAGGUAUCAAAAGACUGCUGCUUAUGGUCAUUUUGGCCGUGAUGAUCCGGAUUUCACUUGGGAGACCGUAAAGAUCCUCAAGCCAAAGGCCUGA